CUUCUAUUCCUAACAUAGCUUGACAGUGUCCUUUGAAACCGGUUUGAACUUUGUCAGAAAUCCCAGUUGUUAUGAAGCUGCACAGAAGGAACCGCUUCCUUUGGAAAACCGGAUCUUAACCAAGAGAUAAUUUGCGUGGUUCCGGUUUUUGCAGAAGAAGGAUAUCGCGCCAUAUACUUCGACUAUGUGCAAAAGAAACCUCCGCUUGAUGAACUGAUAUUCCUUAUCUGAAAGGUGAAGAGAGAUAUUGUUUACAGAACAAUUAUACUGGAUGCUUGGAAGUUUCCGUUUAAAAGAAUAAUGAUGGUGAAAAUUACCACCAUAAGACUUCUGUUGCCAGUAUUUCUUCUCACUCUUUUCUUUAACAACGCCAUCACCGAAAAUGCUUCUGAAAGUGAAUGUGUAAACCAACUAAAACCAGUAACAAAGAUAAUUUCAUCAUUAUGCUCCCAGCUGAUUAAAGAAAUCAAAGGUGAGGACAACUUCUUCUUCUCACCUUUAAGUAUAUCCGCAGCUCUUGCCAUGAUAUACACUGGAGCUGAAGGAACAACAAAGAAACAAAUGACGGACGCACUUCAUUAUAACCUAGCUGGAAAAUCAUGUCUUGACUACAAGAUUAAUGAAGAAUUUGGAAACUUGUUCACCUCCUUAACAAAUCAGGAUACAUACACUCUUCUGAUAGCAAAUAGUGUUUUCAUCCAUCUCGGCCUUCCAGUGUCUCCCAAGUAUCUAUCCAAGUUGCGAAAUUAUUUCAAAACUUAUGUUGAAUACUUGGAUUUUGUCAAUGAAGAAACUUUGUCCUUGGAGGCUAUAAACAAUUGGGUAGCCAACCAGACCAAAGGACACAUAAAGAAGCUGUUAAAUGAACCGUUAGAUCGUAUGACCAUGAUGAUACUUAUGAAUGUUAUCUACUUCAAAGGACUUUGGAAACACCCAUUUGCAGAAGAAAAGACAUGGAACAGCUCUUUCUAUAAAAAGGAUGGUACGAAGAAGACAGUACCAUUUAUGCAACUGGAACAAAUCCUUAAGUAUUACCACGAUGAAGAGACCAACUAUUCUUUCUUGGAGUUAGACUAUAUGGGUGGCAACAUAAGCAUGCUUUUGAUAAUGGCCAAAAGUUAUGAUGAAUUUCCAGAUAUAGAAUUAACAAGCGAAGCACUGUGCGACAUUCGAAGUCAGUUACAGUCUACGAAUGUCAUGGCUGUCGUUCCCAAGUUUAAACUGGAGUACAGGCGAGAACUUUCGAAGGACAUGACAAAAUUGGGAAUGGAUGAAUUGUUCUCUGACAGAGCAGACCUCACAGGAAUACGGGAACAGAAUGACAUUCAUGUAUCCUUAAUGAUUCACAAAGCAGUGUUGGAGGUAGACGAAAAAGGAAGUGAAGCAUCAGCUGUUACAGGGGUAGGAAUUGAUGCCAGGCGUAGACCAGAGCGGCAACGUAUUUUCUGGGCUAACCAUCCCUUCUUAUUUUACAUCAUAGAUAAAGAAUCGAAUACUAUUAUAUUUGCUGGAAGACUAUCAGAUCCUUAAUUACGACUGGAAAUUCCUUUUAUACGUGUUUCAUGUUUAUGAAAAUUUCGAAAAGAUAUUUGUUCAAAUCUGCGUUUUGGUUCAAAAGACAUUCUAAACUAAUCUUUCAACAUUGCCCAAGUCACAGAUAAAAAUAAUUUCUAAAAUACAAUUUUCAUUUAAAGACCACAGUUCAAGACUUCAUUUUCUUCACAUGAUAUUCUUAAGCUUAUGACCCAAAAAGUUUUUUCGUCUAUUCUUGAUUUAUAUGAUAAAUAAGGAAUAAGGCGCUCUUUAAUUUAUUGGAAGAAUCUCAGGUUCUUGUCUAAAGACAGGUCCUUAAUUUUUCAAGAAAUAUUUAAAGUAAAAUUUAUGUUGGAUAUUUUUGAAAUUAUUCUGUUGGAAUUAAAAUUUUGGAAACAAUUAAUUCUAAAAAUGAUAAUGACUGACAUUUGCCCUAUUUUAUAAAAUUUCCCAGACCUCAAGAUACAUUUUUCACUUUAUUAUUUCAUCUCUUUUGACAUUCAAAAUUUGAAGAAUUAUUUUUGACUUCUAAAUUUUGCAAUGAAUUUGUAAAAUCUAUUCUUUUGUAUUUAAUGACUUCUAUUCAAAUCAGAAAGAAAAUUCCAUCUUCAAAUAAAUUCACCAAUUUUCCGAUUUUUUUUAUAUUCAAAUUUAAUGUAUUGAUAUAUUGUGGUUAAAUGGCAAUUCUUACAAGAGUAAAAUAGUGGUUUUUUUUUGUUUUUUUUUUGGUGGACACAAAUUUUAUUUUCAUUUUAGUAACAAGCUAAGCUUGAGAAAAUGAUAUUUCAUGAAAUAUAUUGUUAAAAUUACCAAAAUUUACUGCGUUGAAUAAAAGAAGCAUUUUCUGAUAUUCAUAAUCAGAAAAUGUUUUAGAUUAUGAAUAUCAGAAUUCUGACUUUAAAAAAAACCUGAAAGUCAGAGAUUUUUAAACGUUUGCAGAUUUCAUUUGAGAGAUUAUUUCUACCUCAUGUAAAACUUUUAUACAAAGCAUAAAGUUUUUUAGUGUUUUUUUUUUCUUUGAUAUUUUGUUAAUGUAGUGUGUUCAAAGCAAAACUGUUUAUUUUGUAUCAAUGUUUCUUUAAAAUAUAACGCUA